AUGGCCCCUGCCAGCCACGAAUCAUCCGCGGUCCCACAGGUCGUUAUAACCACGAAAGCUCUAGCACCUCCACGAACGGAUCAACCCCAACCCAGAAAUGAGCCAAACGCGAAGGGGAAAGACCCAGAGUCUGGUCCCAUACCUGCGCCUGACAAAGUUACAGUAGACGAAGACCCGCGGCACCCUACAGAUACCCCAGCCCCCGUGGACUUGACGGGCGCCUUAGAGAAGCAAGCCCAGCGGAGCGACGCGAAUGAACCCCCACGGCAAAGCAGUCCACCCAACAAUAAUAAUGAGGCCAACGAGGCUGGUACGAGGUCCCCAGUGGGAGAGUCUACGGACAGUUUAAUCGAUAACCCACCAAACUUGGCGCGAAUUCGUCGACUGUUGUUCGAAUGCAAAGAUCCGAUUGAGAUCACCCAGGAGGAGUUUGAGACCUACUGGCCAUUCGUCGAUAAUUUCUGGGUUAAACAGAGAACAAACGCAAGCCAUGAUGGCCAUUGCACAACAGAGUACUAUAUGUGUCGGCUACGAAGAGCUACAAAUAAGCCGUCGGAGACAAAACCGCCAUUACCGGAGGGUAAGCGCCCACGCAAAAGACGCGCAAGAGAAGGUGGCAUUUGCAAUGUUUCGAUCAAGGUUGUGCGGUUUGAAGGCGCAUAUUCGGCGGUCACAAUAUACAGAACGCCAGGAAGUGAUGCCGCCCACUCUCAUGAUCUCGAGUAUAUUGACCGUGUCAAACGUAACUCUGGAGUUAUGGAGUAUGUUCGAAGAGAGUCAUUCAAAGGAUAUCUGCCUUCAUCGACUUACAAGGUACUUCUAGAGCAAAAGGAGAAACUCGAUGAUGCAGGAGGCAGCGGUCUUAGUGUGACGGAUGUGCGCAACGUUUCCGCCAAAUGGCGUAUACAAAACCCUGAGGUUGAGCUUAGAACCCACGAUGGCUGGGAGUACGUAGAAGGACGUGGUGUUGUUAAAACUCAAACGACCAGUCAGACACCACAACAGAAUCCUCCACCUACAUCAAUAUCAACAUCAACAUCCACUCCGCUACCGCUCGACACUCUAUCAUUUCCCACGUUCUCACUGGACUUUUUAGAGCCAUACCUACCUGCUAUACCUAAGCAUCACAAUGAAAAGCACGAGUUCCCCCAUGUUACUCUAUCGUAUGCCUCAUCUAUGGACUCGAAAAUUUCGCUGCGGGCUGGUAUGCAGACAGUGCUUUCUGGACCCGAGGCCAAACUUAUGACACAUUACCUUCGAUCCCGCCAUGACGCAAUCCUUGUUGGAGUUGGGACCGUACUCUCUGACAACCCCGGGUUGAACUGUCGCCUGGAAGGUGCUGGGGGUUUUGGAGGGCUGGGAAGAAUGUGGCAGCCCCGCCCAGUCGUUAUCGAUCCCACAGGACGCUGGCCAAUUCACCCCGAGGAUAGAAUGCUCCGAACUGCCGUCGAGGGUAAAGGCAGGGCUCCAUGGGUCGUGGUAUCACCGGGGGCAUCAAUUAAUGCCGACCACUUAAUGAUGCUCAAAGGAUAUGGCGGUGACUUUCUCCGGAUUAUGGAAUAUAAUCUAGCUUGGCGGAUAAGAUGGGAGGCCAUCCUUCGAUCUCUCGCCUUAGAGGGGAUCAAGAGUGUCAUGAUUGAAGGAGGUGGGACUGUUCUCAAUGAGUUAUUGAACCCGGAGUACAGCAACAUCGUCGACUCAAUUAUCGUGACUGUGGCACCUACUUACCUAGGCCAAGGAGGAGUCAGUGUCAGCCCAGAGUCAAAGCAGGACGUCGGGGGCAACCCCAAUGCUGCUUUGAACCCACACAGUGUAAAAUGGACUCCCCUGGGACAGAAUGUCAUCAUGUGUGGGAAGAUCCGAUCGCCUGAGCCACCGAAAUGA